AUGUCUGAUCUAGAAAAUUCAAUGACAUUAGAAAGAGAGAGUGACUUCGUUGAACGCAGAGACUCCGAAGACAGCUGUCUAGCGAAACAAUCGCGCCAGAGAGAAGUAUUUGGGACGGAGUGUUCGAACGAGUAUUUUUCUAAUAACUAUGACGGAGAUGGUGACAAACCAUGCUCGAUUUCCGACUUAUUAGGUUCCAAGUAUGGCAUGAACCAACUAUUUGAGAAACACGAUGGAACAAGUUCUGAUAAUUCAGUUCAAUCGUUCAAUUCUAAUACCGAAUCGUCCGAAGAUUUGUCAAUUAUUAAAAAUAUUGAUAUUGAUUAUACAAGUGGAAGAAGUUCCAUCAGCUCCGUUGAACGAGAAAAACAGAGUAAAUUAAUUGAACGCAGAGACUCCGAAGACAGCUGUCUAGAGAAACAAUCGCUUCAGAGAGAAAUAGUUGGGACGGAGAGUUCGAACGAGUAUUUUACUAAUGACAUUAACUUUGAUCAAUAUAGUGACAAAUCGUGUUCGAACUCCGACCUAUUAGUUUCUAAGUAUGGCAUUAACCAACUGCUGGCGAAACAUGGUGUAUCAAAUUCCAAUUGUUCAUUUCAAUCGUACAUUUCUGAUACUGAUUAUACAAGUAGAAGAAGUUCCAUAAACUCCGUCGAACAAAUGGAAAUGAUGAGACCUGAAGAUGACAGUGUUAAGGCAAUAGAAUCAAUUGAUGAUAAUUGUGAAAUAAGAUGGCCCGUCAAACGUAAGAUUGAUAAGAAAUUAUAUAAAAGGCGCUUGAAUGCUCGAAUACAUCGUUUAAUAUCGCCUAAAAGUGCAUUGGCGGUAUUUUCUGAGUUGUUCCGAGACGUACCAAUCCAAAUAGAAGACCGGCCAUUUUUGAAUGGUAGGAUUUAUACUGCUACAAUUGAGAUUGACGGCCAGACGUAUGUAGCAAAUAAUAUUUCCAAGAGUGAAGCGAAACAAAAGGCAUGUGAAAAUUUAUUUCGUAAUAUGUUGGCUAAAAAAUUAAACAUGCAAUCUGAAAACAAAGAAUCUUCCGUAGACAUAGAGAUGGAAAAUGGGGAAAAUGGUACAGCACAAAAACCUAUGGGACCGCCACAGGAGGAAUUUCCAUGGCCACAUUUUGCUUCAUUAGCAAUGUAUCAAUUAAUAAAUCAUUGGAAAAUACAGCCUGCUCCAAAAGGCAUCAAUUUACAAGACGAACGAUCGAAGGUUGCUGCUCCUAUGAAAUUAUUUCCUGAAGACCCAUCAAAAUACAAUCCGGUACAGUUAUUAAAUCACAUGAAGCCGGGUACAGAAUUUAUAGUUACUCGUUGUUUAGAUUUUCCAUCAUGUUUUCAAGUGUCCUGUGUUAUAGAUGGAGUUCCAUUCACUGGACAACAUUCAUCAAAAAAAGGAGCAAAGAAUGAGGCAUGUAUUGCAGCAAUAAAAUACUUUUGGACAUUUAAUUUCCAUAACAUUUAA